CCCACAACCAAAACCACAACUCAAAGAUACGAGCUUUCUCUUUUAUAGUAUAGUCGAUCGAAGUUUCCGUCUGCAGCAACUCGAAGAAAGAAGCACUAGUCCAACUUUCAAACCAGAGCUGAGCUGGAGCGCUGAAAUGGCGACGACCAAGCUGUCCCCCGUCUCGCCCGUGCGGCCGGACGACAAGCGGCGCGCGCCCACCUCGUCGCUGGUCCUCAAGGUGCAGGACAGCUCCGCCGCGGAGGCGUACGAGCAGUACCUGCGCCUGCCGGAGCUGUCGAGCCUGUGGAAGGGCUCGUGCUGCCCGGGCUGGGCCGACGAGGGCCUGGUCACGCCGGCGCUGCAGGCGCUGGAGAUCACCUUCCGCUUCGUCUCCGUCGCGCUCUCCGACCCGCGACCCUACGCCAGCCGCUGCGAGCUGGCGCGGCGGCUCGAGUCGCUGGCCGCGCGGGAGGUGGAGCUGGUGGCCGCGCUCUGCGAGGGCGAGCGGUCCGCGCCGCUGGCCGAGCUCAACGCGUCCGAGGGCGUGCUCCCGCGGGAGCGCAGCGCGUCCGAGGUGUGGCAGCUGCCCGGGAGCGCCGCGGCUGUGGUGUGCCACGCCAGCGAGGCCAGCCUGCUCCCGCGCCUCGCCGCCUGGGAGCGGUCCGAGACCGUCGCCGCCAAGAUCAGGUUCGCCAUCGAGGCCCAGAUGCAGGGCUGCGCCUUCUCCCUCGGCCUCGGCGAGCCCAACCUCGCCGGCAAACCCGUCCUCGAGUACGACCGCGUGGUGCGCCCGCACGAGCUGCACGCGCUCAAGCCCAGGGUGGCCCCCGAGCCCAAGACCGGGUUCCGCAACCGGGAGAACGAGGCGCUCUUCACCAUCCACCAGAUCCUCGAGUCCUGGCUCUGCGCCGCGACCCAGCUCCUCACCCGCCUGAACAACCGGAUCGAAGCAAAGGACUGGGAGGCGGCGGCCGACGACUGCUGGAUCCUGGAGCGGGUGUGGAAGCUGCUCGCCGACAUCGAGGACCUGCACCUGCUCAUGGACCCGGACGACUUCCUGCGGCUCAAGAGCCAGCUCGCGAUACGGGCCGGCACCGACGCCUCCUUCUGCUUCCGCUCCAGAGCGCUGCUGCACGUCGCCAACGCCACCAGGGACAUCAAGAAGCGGGUGCCAUGGGUGAUCGGCGUCGAGGCCGACCCCAACGGCGGACCCAGGGUGCAGGAGGCGGCCAUGAGGCUCUACCACAGCCGGAGGCGCGGCGAAGGCGACGACGCGGGCAAGGUCGAGCUGCUGCAGGCUUUCCAGGCGGUCGAGGCGGCCGUGCGGGGCUUCUUCUUCGCGUACCGGCAGCUCGUCGCGGCGGUGUGCGGCACGGCGGAGGCGGCGGCCAACCGGGCGCUCUUCGUGCCGGCGGACGGGAUGGACCCCCUGUCGCAGAUGUUCCUCGAGCCGCCAUACUUCCCCAGCCUCGACGCCGCCAAGACCUUCUUGGCCGACUACUGGGUUCAGCACCACAUGGCCGCUCACUCUGCUUCGUAAGACGGAAAUGGCGCGGCUAGACAACCGUAUCUGCAAAUGCUAUAGUGAUUCAUUCCUUCGUGUAGGGAUAGUUCAGUAGAUACUCCUACAUUUGUAUGUUAUGAUGUGAUUUGUUCCGCAUGUUUAACAGAGAGAAGUUGAUUCAA